UUUACUCAUUCAUCUUUACGAUCUUGUGUUCUGAUCGUUCUGAUGCAUUUUCUUAUCCUUAUAGCUGUACAACAUGUGAGUAGUUGAGUUUGAACUUCUAGUCAAUUUUUACAACACACGCCUGUGUUGAAGUCGUUAAACCAAAGCAUGACACUGGAGACUAAAUCCCUUUCAAAGAUGGAUUUCGUGUACUGGACUUCUCUGGUUUCUGGUGGAGUCGCCGGAUUAGUGGUGGAUAUUGUGCUAUUUCCAAUCGAUACAAUUAAAACUCGUCUUCAGAGUGAACGCGGUUUUAUUCGGUCCGGUGGAUUUAGAGGUAUAUAUAAAGGUUUGGCACCGGCUGCGGCUGGCAGUGCCCCUACGGCUGCUCUAUUUUUCUGUACUUACGACGGGCUCAAAUCUUAUCUUGGUCAGUUUUGUUCUAAAACCCAGCAGCCGUAUGUUCACAUGAUUUCCGCCGCCAGUGCUGAGAUCGUUGCUUGCCUUAUUCGUGUUCCAGUCGAGAUUGCGAAACAACGUAGACAAGUAAUAUCGCUUAGAUAUAGUACGUCGUUGGAGAUUUGGCUCCAUGCACUAAAAACGGAAGGCAUUCGUCGUGGACUGUAUCGGGGGUUUGGCACAACAGUAAUGCGCGAGGUUCCAUUUUCCUUCAUUCAAUUUCCAUUGUGGGAAUACUUUAAGCAAAACUGGACAGCGGUGACGGGAACCGCGCUAACUCCUUUCACAGUAGCCAUUUGUGGAGCAAUCGCAGGUGGUAUAGCAGCCGGUUUAACCACUCCGCUAGACGUUGCUAAAACCAGAAUCAUGUUGGCGGACGAGAACGUAAGCAAGUUAGGUGUUAGUAGAAUCCUGCAUGGAAUUUACAGGGAUCAAGGAAUUAAAGGGGUUUUUGCUGGUUUCGUACCUCGUGUAUUAUGGAUUACCCUUGGAGGUGCAAUCUUUUUUGGCUUUUAUGAUCUUACCGCACGGCUGUUGAGUUCGGAUCAAGCAAAAUAAUUGUACUGUUGAGAUAUUGCUUUUAUUAGCACUAAAGCAUAUAGUAUUUUUUAAUAAAAAAAAAUUAAAUUGUUUAACGAAUAACAAUAAACCAA